GCUCAGUGAUUAUUAAAGUUUGUUCCACCCCAUGUAUGGUCUUUUAUCACGUGUUUUUUGCAUAAAUUUAAAGAUGGCAGCGAAUUUUAUAGUCUUUUGUUGUAUUUUGCUUGCAUAAUGUCUGCAAAUUCCAUGCAGGCGUUUAUGAUUUACCGCUGUUUAUUUAUGUGCUGCUGUAAGGGCAUAUCAUCAACUCAAACACUAAAGUGAGUCAUGCCAGCAUUAACGCUUGCAUUUUUUUCUAAAUCAUUCAUUGCAACACUGCUUAUAACCAUAGACUGCGUGUAAAAUAAGCUAAAAGCGUCAAAAAAGUUGCCGUCUUUUAUUUUACCAAUAUGCACGUACGCACAACAACCAGUAUGAAUGAAUGUGCCACGUUUAUUUUGAUUACAGUAAUGGUUGUUGCAGAGAUGAAUGAGUUGGUGUAGUACAUUUUCCUUCAGCCAAAUGUUCAUAUGAAUUUUUUUAGCUAUAGGCGCUGCAACUGGCAAUGCUGAAGUACCGAUGGAAUGCUGCUGCUGCCGCUGCUAUAUUAUGGUAAAUAGUUAUCUCGUAUCGAUUGAUGACUUUCCUCUGUACAUUAUGGGAUGAUUAAUUUUGUCUACUUACACGAUA